ACCAGUUAAACUCCUGGAUUAAACCAGUGAAACUCCUGGAUUAAACCAGUUAAACUCCUUUUCCCUGGUGGAUCUGCAGAGAUUCUCCGGAGCCUCCAGGACGGAUCGGUACCAACAGACUGAAGCCUCACUCUUCUUCAUCUCGCUGGCUGUCCACUCCGUCCCUCUGUCUGUGUUGUUCUCUGGUUAUCAGACCAGAUUGUUGCCAACUGAUGGUUUAUGAAAUUCUCCUUCAAUCUAUUUCAGAAAACAGUUGCUGAGUGAAGGACAUAAUGGCUGCUGAUUUUCCCCCCGUCAGAAGAAGCAGCAGUUUUGAAUUCCAGCGACCUGACCUUAAACAAAGACCUGAUGCUCUGAACCUGGUUCUGUUUGGUCCAAGUGACCCACUGAAGACGGCAGCAGCCAAAGCCAUUCUAGAUCACCCAGAUCUUCCUUCAGAGUGUGUCAGAAACCAGGGAGAGGCGUUUGGACGUCGGGUUUCUCUGGUGGAGAUGCCUGCGUUGGGUGGAAAAGCUCAGCAGGAAGUGAUGGAGGAAUCCUUCAGGUGUGUCUCCCUCUGUGACCCUGAGGGUGUCCACGCCUUCAUCCUGGUCCUWCCUGUGGGUCCCCUCACUGAUGAAGACAAGGGAGAGUUACACACCAUGCAGGACACAUUCAGCUCCAGAGUCAAUGACUUCACCAUCAUCCUCUUCACUACAGACUCAGAUCCUGAACAUCCAGAUGUUGGUAACUUUAUAGAGAACAAGGACAUCCAGGAUCUCCUCCAGAUCUGUGGAGGAAGAUAUUUAGUUCUGGACAUCAGAGACAGACGGCAGAUCAGAGGACUGAUGGAGACGGUUCAGACGAUUAGUGCAUCCAACAAUACAGCACAAAGCUAUACAACAGUAAUGUUUGCAAAUAGCCAGAAGGACAGACUCAUACAACAACAGCAACAACUAGAAGAGCUCAAGAAGGAGAAGAUUGCCUGUGACAAGAAAAACUAUCCUGAGUGUCUCAGGAUUGUCCUGAUUGGAAAAACUGGAACUGGGAAGAGUUCAUCGGGAAACACCAUUUUGGGUAGAAAAGCUUUUGCGUUUGGAUCAAGUCAAACAUCAGUAACUAAACGCUGUCAGAGAGAAAAGGGUGACGUGGACGGUCGUCCUGUCGUUGUGGUCGACACUCCUGGUCUGUUUGGCAAUACGCUGACCCCCGACCAGGUGGACGAGGAGCUGCUGAAGUGCAUCAGCCUGCUGGCCCCGGGGCCACACGUCUUCCUGCUGGUGCUGCAUGUCGGCAGAUUCACAGAGGAGGAGAAAGAGACGUUAAAACUCAUCAAGAAGAACUUUGGUGAAGAUUCAGAAAACUUCACCAUCAUUCUUUUUACCAGAGGAGACGACCUGGAGUAUGAGGACAAGUCCAUUGAAGAGUAUGUUGAAAAGGACUGUGAGGAACCCUGUAAGAAGCUGAUCAGUGACUGUGGAGGAAGAUACCAUGUGUUCAAUAAUCAUUCAAAAUGGAGGCAGAUGCAAGUCAGAGAGUUGAUCAGGAAAAUUGACACCAUGGUGAAGGAGAAUGGAGGAAACUGCUUCACCAACGAGACGCUGCAGGAGGAGGUGAAGAGGAUCCUGGAGGAGAAAGAAGAAAUGAAGAAACUGAGGGAGGAACUUCAGAAGAAACACGAAGAAGAAACAGAAUCACUGAGAAGAAAAAUGGAAGAACAGAGAGAAGAGAUGGAAAGAGAGAGAAAACAGAGAGAGAAGCAAUUUAAAGAGAUGGAAGAAAACAACAGGAAGGAGCGAGAGCAGAAAGAGAGAGAACAGGAAGAAAGAGAAAAGGAAGAGAAGAAAAGAAAAGAGGAGGAAGAACGACAACAACAUCAGUGGGAAAAAGAACGACAAGAUUUAGAGAAAAAGAUCAAACAGGAAUCAGAAGAAAAGGAAACAAUCGACAGAAAACUGGAAGAGAUGAGAAAACAGAUGGAGGARAAACGAGACGCCUGGGAGACGGAAAGAAAGGAGUGGUGGGAAAAACGACACMGAGAAGACGAAGAGAGACGAGAAGAACUGAAGAGAUUUCAGGAGAAAUAUGAGAAAGAGAGAGAGAAAUAUGAAAACCAGAGGAGARAAGAUGAGRAGAGGAGGAGAGAACAGGAGAAGGAGAGGAAAGAACUAGAGGAAAAAUAUCAGAAACAACUGGAGGAAGUAAAGAGGAAGUUUGAGGACGAAGCCAGAAAACAAGCAGAAGAAUCCACCACAAAGAAAGAUUAAAUCCAAAAAUGAUGGUGAAACACAUCAUGUUUGAUAUAAAACAAGAAAUGUUCUAAAAAAUGAUUAAAAAGCUUCUGAGAAAAGUUGAAUUGUAGACGGGUUAUAAAUACCUGGAGUGAAGGAAUGUAGAGCCAAACAGUUAUCAGUCAGUUACAGGAUCAUCCAACAGGUGAGAAAAGGUCAGUAAAGGUCAUCAGACUCACAGGAUUCAAUAAUCAGAUGAGUUCAUGUUGUUUUUAUUCAUGAUGAAUUUACUGAACUUUAUGUUUUUAUUCAGCUGAAUUUAUUUAUUCUUAUUACAGAAAGCAGUCGGUGUUCUUCUUUCUAACCAGAUGCUGUUGUAGAUUUACUGUCAUUUUUUCCAAAGGACUCAAAAUAAUAAGUUUCUGAAUCUUAAUUCAUCAAAAGUUUUGACUUUUUUAAAUCUGAAUUUUUAUGUAUUUUUACAUCCUUGUUCUGAUGUUCAUUCAGUAAAAGCUGUUAAAAAUUAAAAUUUACAAAUUAGUUGUAACAUAUCUAAUAAGGUUUUUUGUACAUUUUUGUAGUCAUUGAUUUUUAAAUAUAUUUUAUAUGUUUGUGUUUAAGCUGGCUUAAAUAACUGUAUUUACUAAUUCCAUUGAAUGAAGUUCAUUUGAUUCUCUACAU